AUGCAGUUUAUCAAGAAGAAUUCUAUAUCUACUGUAACACCAUUUACCGUUACAAUGUCAAAACAGAGAAGUGGUUCACGUAACACGUCUAUACAUAGUAGACCAUCACAACAUACUAUUAAUAUACCAGCAUCACAUUCGUUGAUGUAUAAAUCAAAAAGUGGUUGUUGUCAACAAUGUUGUACAACAGAAAAUCUAAAAGAACAAGCUUUACUCAUAGCAACUAUUGCUUCGGUUAUCAUUGGUAUUGGUGUUGGAGUUGCUCUUCGAGGUCUAAAAUGUCCUGGAGAUGAAUAUGUUAAUGGAUGUCGUAUUACAAAAGAAGAUAUAACAUAUAUUGAUUUUCCGGGCAAAAUUUUUAUUAAUAUACUUAAAAUGCUUAUAUUACCAUUAAUUGUUUCAAGUAUUAUUUCAUCAUUAGCUCAACUUGAUGCACAAUCAUCAGGAAAAAUGGGUGUACGAGCAUUAGUUUAUUAUUUUGGUACAACAAUUAUAGCAGCUAUUAUUGGUAUUAUUCUUGUAGUAGUUAUUCGACCUGGAUCACGUGGUGUUAGUGUAGAAAAAAAAGCAGCAGCUAAAUCAGCAGAAGCUCGAACUAUUGAUACUGUUCUCGAUUUAUUCAGAAAUCUUUUUCCGGAUAAUAUUAUGGAAGCUGCAUUUCGAUCGGUUGGUACGAAACUUAAUGUAACUAGAGUAGUUGCUACCGGUCUUAAUAAUCAAAGUUAUAAUAAAACACUUUUUGAUCCAAUAAUAGAAAAACGCGAUGGUAUUAAUGUACUCGGUUUACUUCUUUUUUGUAUUUUAUUUGGUGUUAUUAUAAGUCGAUUAAAAGAAAAAGCGAUUAUACUGAAGAAAUUUUUUGAAGCAAUGCUUGAAGUUGUUAUGCAACUUGUACGUAUUGCCAUGUUAUAUAGUCCAAUUGGUAUCUUCUUUUUAAUUGUUGCUAAAAUGCUUGAAAUGGAUACAUUAACAGAUUUCGUUGGUUCAUUAGGUCUUUAUAUGGCAACAGUUUUAGCUGGAUUAUUUAUACAUGGAUUUAUUGUUUUACCUUUAAUUCUUUUUAUUAUAACACGUAUAAAUGUUUUUAAAUAUAUACGCGGAAUGAGUCAAGCAUUAGUAACAGCAUUUGGUACAGCUAGUUCAUCAGCAACAUUACCGGUAACAUAUCGAUGUGUUGAAGAAAAAAAUCAUAUUGAUCCAAGAGUUUCACGAUUUGUUUUACCAGUUGGUGCGACAGUUAAUAUGGAUGGAACAGCUUUGUAUGAAGCAGUAGCAGCUAUAUAUAUUGCUCAACUUAAUGGUAUUCCAUUGAAUUUUGUUAAAAUUAUUGUUACAAGUUUGACAUCAACAUUAGCAUCAAUUGGUGCUGCAAGUAUUCCUCAGGCUGGUCUUGUAACAAUGGUUAUUGUUCUUAAUGCACUUGGUUUACCAUCGGAUGAAGUUCGAACAAUCUAUGCUGUUGAUUGGUUACUUGAUCGAUUUCGUACAGCAAUAAAUGUAUUUGGUGAUUCAAUUGGUUGUGCUAUUGUACAACAUUUAUCACGUCAUGAAUUAAAAGCACUUGAUAAUAAAGAAAAAAUUGCUAUUCUCAAUGGUAUCAAUGACUCACGUACAAUUGUUCCUCUUAUUGUUCCAUCAAAUCAAAGAGUAUCGAUUGCAUUUGAUAAUCCAACAUUUAUAGAUCCACAAGGAACAAUCUCGGAUACUGAUGAUGCUGAUGAUAAUACAAAACGAACAGCUUUUUAA